GCGCCGUUUGCUGUGGAGUCCCCAAAACCCUCGGAGGUUCAUGUCAGAUAGAUCCGGAUUUUCCCAGAAAAACUCGAAAAGUAGUAAAUAUGGCCAAACCAAAGCGUAUGAGCGAGAUCUUUGCGUCAUCAGAAAAAGACAAUGACACAACCACAAUCACGGCAACACCACCCUACUCAAGCGAAGGCCCUACACUCCCCAUCAUCGGUGCCCCAGAAAACGAUUCCAACCCCGCCAAAAAGCGAAAAGCCCAAAAUAGCACUUCAGGCACCGCUCCAAAGAAACAAUCCCAACAAGUCUCCCCACAUACCAUCCACCCAUCUCUCUACGAACCCUGGACCCGCCUCCCACCAGACCUAUUCAAGCUCGUCGAAUCCCAGACACAACUGCAAGCCAUCCAAAACAUUGUUCCCGUCGUCUUCUCCAAGAAUCAAAAUGUAAAGUCUGGUAUCAAUCGCCUCAAAACCUACUUGGGUGCCUACCAUGAUCCCGCAUCUACCAUCGACAUGCCCGACGCUUUAAAGCGAGAUGACGUUGUCAUAGCAGUCUCAGCGCAAGGCGAAGGAACGACGAAAUUGGUUGGUAUCAUAGACAUGGUCCGCAGGAUCGUCGCGCCUAGUAGCAAAGAGGAGGUUGGGGAUGGGGUGGUGGAGACGUGGGCUAUGUAUACGAUGCUUACGAGCAUCGAUGUCGAACGGAAAGCGAGUGUUAUGGAAGUGAAGAAGAAAGAGGCGGAAGAGAUAGAGAGUGAGGAGGAAGAGGAGGCGUUUGAAUCUAUGGACGUGGAUGGGCGAGGAGCGCAGAAGGAGAAAGAUGAGGUGAAGAUGAAGAAGGUGCCGGUGCUGACGGUUUGGAUGACGAGGAAGAAGAUUCCGGCAUUUAGGAAUGCGUUUGGCGAACAGGUGUUUGAGGUGCAGAGGCUGGUGGAGGAGGAGGAUUGAACGCCUAAAGGAAUUUCUGAGGAAAGAGAAGUUUUGUUAUGUGAUAUCAGGGAUUCAUCCAUUUCCCAAUCGAUGAAUA